UCUCUCCUCCACAUGAGUGGCGUCCGUCCAGUCGGGCUUCUCUGUAGACAGAGGCAGCAGGAGGUCCGAGACAGCACAGCACAGGACAGGACAGGAGAGGACAGGACAGGCUAAAGGCUAAAGGCUAAGUGGGCUCAGCGACUGUAAUCCCCGGAUGAUGAAACAACCAUCAUGGCUGCCACUCGCUGAGCUGUCAAGCUCUCGACAAAAGAAAAGAAACCUGAAAGACCAUGGAUUUGGUGGAUAUUUGCAAAGUUCCCCCUGCCACAAAUAAGAAGCAUAGAGUGUGGCACAAACGGCUCCGCCGAAGGAAACGUGAAGCUCAGCUCCCAGCUAUGCAACGUGAAGCUAAAAAGGGACCAAAGCUACCAGAGGAACGCAAGCAAAGCACAGAGUGGCCUUCGUUGAAGAAGUCCCACCUGGAGGCACAACAAAGUGACCGCUGGACAAGCCACAGUAGGCCUAUAGAUGCACUCAAGUUUACAUGCAGUCAAUGUAAGGACAAUCUGGAAUAUAUUCCCAAAGACUUGAUGAGCCACUUUGAGGAAAAGCACAGAGGGAGCUCACCUGUUUUUUCUUGUCAUUUGUGUUCUUUUGCGGCACACGACUUCUCCUACCUUGGAGUUCAUCUGUUGAGCCACAAGGAGACGUUUUCUAGUUGCAGCGUAUGUAACGACGACGUGAUACGCACAUGGUCUGAACUGAGUGCGCACCUCACACUGCGUCACUGCCAAAAUGGCAAAUAUUCAUGCGAAAAGUGUCCGAGAUUCUCCACUGGCGACGUGACUGUCUUUUUAGAGCAUUUGUGUGUCCAUCAUCUUGGCCUCCAAAGAGCAAAUGAGAUUGCUUCCAUAACAGCAAAUCAAGCUUUAUCUUGUCCCCACUGCGCCUAUGAAACCUCACACAAGUGGGUGCUUGCAAAGCACAUCAAUGCAAACCAUAGUUGUCCGAAAAAGAAGGAAAUCCGGUCCAUGGCAAGGAAAUCAAACAACAGUCAAAUGAAGCCGAGGUUAACGAGGAGCACGGUGAGGGACAUGUGCUGGUUGACAGAGGACUGCCUUUCUCUGCCAGGUCCAGACUUCCUGGAUAAAUACUGUCAUUUAUCUGAUCCCCAAACGACAUUAGAGACGACCCAGCAGUUUCUAAUGAAAUCUGUGGCGGGGGGAAAGGGUGACCAGAAAUGGACCAAGGCUCUCAAGUCGGUUCUGUCUAACGUCCCUCAAGACAUCAACGUCCAUCCCAAGUCCAACAACGGCGUGGUGGCGAAUUCCGAGGAUCUGGCUGUCCUCACGGUCCAAAACAAGAUAACGUUGGCUCCGAACGGUGCUACCUAUGCUAAGAGACUGAAGACGGAAAAAGAAAGCGUGACCCCUGAAAGCCCUGCCGCUGAGGAUCAUUUUGACAUUGGCCACAAGGGAGGUCAAGUCAUUUUCAACGACGACUUACGUUGCCUUGAAAAUGAAACGAAACAAAGUAAAAAUCCAUUCGGUUCCACCCGCAAUGAACCGCCUGGGUGUGUCCGGAUUCUAGAAAAUGGAGAGAACCAGGAGACUAACUCGAAUAACGGGGGGAAAGUAAUAAGGCCUGAAGAUGCGCAACUCACUUUGGAUGGAAUCAAUAUUUCUGCUCAGCCCAAGGGCACAAACGAGAGCCAAGAACAGAAAGCUACAUCUAAAGACAAAGCGAAAAAUCCAACUCUGAGGAGAAGACGGAAAAGAAAGUCCAGAUCCAAAAAGGCAAAGAAAGCAACCUCCGAAUUCGCCCUAAAGAUUGUGUUAAAGAAAAAUCCCGUCAAGGAGAAGCAGUGGGUGUCACAAAACCCUUUACUUGAAAGAAACGGGCUUCGGGUGGAGGAACUAGCAAAUCCUGACUCGGCGUUCCAGGUCCGUGUCAGUGAUCAGCCUGACCCCGGAGAAGCCAUUCCAUCAGCACAUGCACCAGCAAAGGCUGAACAUCCUCCACAUUGUUCUGCAAAGCCAUCUGAGCCUAGAAAUGCACUCCAGCCCGCAGCGUUUGAAGACUUGCCAUCUGAAAGAGAACGCCAUGAUGCAAAUCAAUCCCCAAACAACUUUUCCACACUUGUUGACAAAAGCGUCCCGUCAAAGACUGCGGUCAAAGCGUGCCCCGAGAACUCCCGGUUGCCCUCCUCCGGUGCUUUCCCAGAGUCGGCUGUUGAUGGAGCCACUCGAAGCGGCGGCGGCGGCGGCGGCAGCAGCCACAGCAAGUGGCCCCCGCUUUCCCAACCUGCUACGACAUCACAUGAUGUGAUCAACUCAGGAGGAGCUAAGCCUGCAGCAUCGACGGAACACACUGACCACUGUGUUGCGCUGCCUUCAGACUUCAAAGCAUUGGAUGAUUCCUGGGCAGCUUUUGUAGGCCACUGGCAGCCUGCUCCCAAAAGCCUGCAAAGAACCCUGAAGUUGAUAGCCAUGAAUCCCUCGCAGCCCAUAAGGCGUCCGGUGAGGGACCAGCCCGUUGUGGUACUCAAUCACCCGGAUGCAGACAUCCCAGAGGUGGCCAGGAUCAUGAACGUGGUCAGCCGUUACAGAGGAGAUGUGCACAAGGUGGUCCUGUCGCAAAGGACUCUCCACGCGCUCUCAGCCCUGACCGACGGGACAAAGCGUUAUCGGGACACCGAGAGCCGACCGCUGUGGCGUGGGGAGAACUCGGUCAAGGAAAGGUUUGUUUUGAAGCUUAGGCUGCGCAGACUGAGCAGGAAAAGAUACCAGGUGGUCGGUGGGCUUUCGCCCAAAAGGAAGACGGCGGAGAAAUUCACUUGCUGGUUUUGCGGCAGAGUCUUUGACAAGCAGGAGGUGUGGAUGCUCCACCGAAAGAGGCACCUGAUGGACUGGAAAAAGCCAAACUGUGAACAUGUUUGAAUACACUGGAAAAGAAACAAAAUGGAAGAUAGAUGACUGCAAUCAUGUGACAAUCACCUUAAUUACAAGUCUUAAUGAAAUAGGAUUGCACAAGCUCAGGGUAACAUUAGCUAGCGGAAUCUUGGAGUAGCACCUUCAUGAAGGGCUUUGUUUGGUUCUUAAAAAGUAGCCUUUGUCUACGCAUAUGCUUUAUUUAAAUACACUGUCACAUUUGACAAAACACUGUAUUGCCACAGUCGGAGUAGGAUGUAACAUAUUUAUGUUUUUCAAAUGGGAUGGAUGUUGGUUCGUCAAAUCUACCAAAAACUGAAGAAGAAGACAAAAAAACAAUAAGCUGUUUUAUUCAACAUGUAUUUAUAAACUUUAUUUUUGGGCCCAUGAAAUAAUUCCUGUAAAUGGUCUGUAAAUUCCAAAUAUGGUUCAAAUCUCACCUUUUCUGUGACCGAUAUAUUUUCAUAUCCUUAUCGUGCUCCAUUUUUAUACCCAAAGUUGUGUUUUAUGAUGUCAGCGAAUAAGACUAGUUUUUUUUAAAAAUCGGACAUAGACUGAUUGUAUUGUUUUGUGUUUUGCUUGACUUGAAAUGAUCAUCUAGAUUCUUUUUUUUAAUUUUUAAUUUUUUACUUGCACUAUUAAAGGAGGAUUUUGAUUUCCCUUACCUCAGCGCAAGCAGACAAUCUCAAUCGGUGUUCUCCUGUGGCAAAAGAU